AUGACCAGCACACUUCCCUUGCCAACUCUAUUCUCCAGGGCACUUGCAACAGCCUCAAAGGCCGCAAAUCUGCCCACUGUCGACGAUGAAACACAGGAACUAAUCCAAUCAGCCGUAACUGAUCUCAAGGAGCUGGAUCGGCGCGUCGCUACCCUUUCAUUGUUCAGUUCCAAUGAGAUUCUUGAGGAUAUAUCCACCAGGAAUCUAGUGUACUUGUUUGCACGAUAUGUUCUUGCUGAGGUGCAGAAUCGCAUGAGGGCGACAGAUAGGAACGAGCGCAUGACUAUUCUCAAGCAAACACAGGUCCAUCUGAGAUCAUUCAUCCAUGAUUUGGAUACUUAUUGCUUAGUACCCGAAGUGGAUCGUGCGCUGUACGCACAAAAUGCAUCUUCCAUAAAGGACGCGGCCAAACGGCGAGAAGUCAAGAUCAAGCAGUUCAAGGCUGAGAAGGACUUGCGUGCACGAAUUGAAGCUGUGCGAAAACGACGGAAACAAAUGCCCAUCGGAGACCUCUCUCAAAGUGAUUUUGAUCUUAUCCGGUCAUUACUCCCGUCAACCAUUACUCCUCAAGUGAGCGAUAACGACGAGGAUGAUUCAGAGACAGAUGAGAUCCUUCGUGAAGCGGUAUUACUACUACUACGAUUAAACUAUGCCCAAUCGUACUCUCAACUCGAGAGUAUGGAUCAGGAGCUCGAACUCCUUCGUAACGCCCCACCUCCUCCCAGGCCUGGUCCACCCUCAGACGACAGGAAAAAUAAACUGAAGGAACAAGAUGACUUGUGGAAACUGGAGACAAAAUCUCCCGUCGGUGAGAGCGGACCAUUACUUGACUCUAGCGGGAAGCCCCUAAGGCCAUUUACUAUCCUUCCUGCUGGCGCAUCAGAUCGCGCACGUCUGCAAUCUCAGGUCUUCGGACCUGGUCACCGCCUGCCAACGAUGAGUAUUGACGAGUACCUCAAAAUUGAACAAGAACGCGGCAACAUACUCACAGGGGGAGGCCCACAAUCUGAGGAACAGCCAACGUCGUCAGAACAACUGGCCAUGGACUCCGAAACGGACGGUACAGUCUUUGGUGAUACGAAAUCGGAAGAGAAACGGCAAAAAGACGAACAAUGGGCACAGUUCAAGGAUGCUAAUCCCCGUGGAGCGGGGAACACGAUGAAUCGCGGUUGA